AUGCCUGUUUCGAAGACUGAAUACGAGCUUGUCGAGCUCAAUGACAGGGACUUGAUAUCAUUCACUAGAGCACAGAACUCACAAUCGUGGAGGGGACAAUUGACCUCGGAACAAUACAUCGAAAGAGAAUGUGUAUUGGGGAAGAGUAAGAUAGCAUCGCUGAAAGUGAACCGUUUACUCGUAUUUAUGCUCCGAGACAAGGCCGACCCAACAUCUAGACUAUGCUCUAUCGAGUUGCUUAUUAGGAGAUCUUGGCUGUACAAAUACAACCCUGACUCAAAGAGGGUUGAGCGCAAAGACAUCUUGUCUGGGUGUAUAGGUGGUGUUUAUACGUAUCCAGAAAAUAGAGGGAAAGGUCUUGCACGUAUAAUGGUUGAUAAGUUGGUCGAAAAGGCCAAAACCGAAUACUUGGGUGAAGAUGGCUUCACCUUUUUGUACUCAGAAGUAGGUGAAUACUACUCCAGAAACGGCUUCAAGUCCUUCGAGGUUCCAUUAUUAAAGUUUCCACUUGGUACUGAGAUUAUAAACGAUAAAUUUAUUGGCGAAGAUGAGUACCAAUUUUCUGAGCUUAAAUUCCAUCAAUUUGAAGAAUUGCUUCAGUUCCAUAAUACUCAGUUUGAUAAGGAGAUUGUGGACAAGGUAACCAAAGAUGGAAAGCCUAGGGUUACCAUUAACCCCAACCAAGAUUUCAUUGAUUGGUUCCACCUUCGUUCUAAGUUCAUAUCUUCGAAAUUAUUUUAUGCUGGUAAAAGUGAUAUCAACGAGAACUUAUCGGACUUGACGAUUGAUGAAAUUCUUGCCAAGUUUCACAAGAUUGAGCCAGAUGUCUUCGGAUUCAAAAUAAGCAAUCAGGAAGGUAAGUUAGUGGGAGGAAUAAUUUGGACUUAUGAUUGGUCCUUGAAUAAGGAAACUAAUCAGUAUGAAAAUUAUGCUACAGUCUUAAAGAUUAUCGUUGAUAAUAAGCUCUCCAACCAAGAUGACAUCAAAAAGCAAUUGAUUCUUAAGAUGAAGCUGUAUAUCGAGUCCAAGACCACACCAGCUGCAGUAUCUGACUUCAAGCAGGUUAUUAUUUGGCAAUCAGAAGUCAAUGAUACUUUACUCAAUUGGCUAACAGGAAACGAAGUUAAAGGUGUGCCAGACCAUCCAAAUUCUUCUAUGAGUGCAGUCUUGAUAAAUGAUCCUUCGGAGAAUGAAAAAUUAGUCCUGGGAGAAUUAAUCUGGGAAGGAAAUGACAAAUUGCCAUGGUUUUAA